AUGGUAAUGUCAUUUCAACCUUUUAAUGUCAUCGAACCAUGGGUAUUCGAAACCAUCACCCCAUCACAAUUCAUCACCUUCACAAUGCCAAACCCGCUUAACCACCGCCGGUUGCUCCACGCUCUAGUGAUCCGCGUCGCCGUACUCGAUUCUCCGAUAGCCACCGCUGACGAUGAGGUCCCUUUAAUCGCCGCCAUGAUUGUACCUAAUCAUCGGGAAACAGACUGGAAUUUUUGUACAGAAUCCGGACAUCUUCAGCUCCUAUAUGAUUCCCACAACGUCUCCCGCCUUAUCCUAAUCGGUAAUAAUCCCCCGCCUAAUCCAGAACCCUCCAUUUAUAUUCGUCCUCAAGUUACUGGUCCCUUGGAGAAACAAAGACUAGAAAACGAAUUGAAACCAUUACUCAUGGCUUUGCAUCCCAAAGUGAGUUUUCAUCGUCGUUUGCCAGAAACCAUAAUCUUGACAUACGAAGAUGAUGUCGUGUAUCGUGUGACUAUAGCUAAAUUUGUAGGUCCCGUUGUUGGUGAAUUCGUCGUUGAAGAUGUUGAAAUGGAGGGUAAUCGUGAUAGAAGUAAAAUGCUCCGAAGGAGAUUGAGGUUUAAAAGAAUGCCUAAUUUGAUACAAUCUCAGGUCCCUCUUAUACCUGUUAUUAGUGAUAACGAAGCUACAACACAUGUAGAUUUGGAAAGUUUGAGGAAGAUAGUAAACGCAAAGUUUGACGUUGAUACAUCUGUUUUGGUUCACCCAUACUUGACUCCAAUGGUUGCUGGACUUUUCUUGAUUGCUUCACAUCUCAAUGAGCAAAUUCAACAAGGGUUUACUCCAAGUGCUUUGUGUUUAGGGAUUGGUGGUGGUGUUUUGUUAAGUUUCAUGAAAACUCAAUUGGGUUUUGAUGUUGUUGGAGUGGAGGCUGAUAAGGUUGUUUUAACAGCUGCAACAAAGCAUUUUGGGUUUAAUAAAUCGGGUUCUAUUCGACUUAUUGUUGGAGAUGCUAUAGAAAUACUAAAUUUGAUGUAG